AUGUUCCAAAUAUUAUUUCACCAUCACCAUCACCAUCACCAUCACCAUCGCCAUCGCUAUCACCUGUUUUUCCCCGAAGAAAAUCCUGUACCUCGUUCGAGCGCGCGCAUGGCCUCGUCGCAGAUAGCUCCCUCGACUUUGGUCCGGCCAAGCAUUGUACCAUUCUUGCUAUCUCUGCUGUUAUUUGUCAUUCGGGGCCUAGCCUCCCUUUUUUAUUGCUAUCUAAGCCUAGUUGAUUUUGUUCUGAACCUGUAG